AUGCCUCCAUCCUCCGAGAUUCAUGAGCCAGCAUGCACAGCCCAACAAAGGAGGGAUUCAAAGACUCACCCCAUGCGCAAGCGCAUCAUCAUCUGCUGCGACGGAACAUGGCAGUCCGCCGUCUCAGGCAAGAAAAACGUCCCAUCUAAUGUGACGCGUCUCUGCCGCGCCCUGAACAGUGUCGGAACCGACGAACACGGGAAUCAAUGGCAGCAAAUAGUCUGGUAUGACUCCGGAAUCGGCACGACCUCAGGUCCUUUGGGACAAAGGAUCGAAGGCGCCAUUGGCCAGGGCUUAGAAGGGAAUGUCGUCGAAGCGUAUAACUUCUGUGUCCUGAACUACAGACCCGGAGAUCAGAUUAUGUGUUUUGGUUUCUCGAGGGGCGCGUUCACGGCCCGGGCUAUUGCGGGCUUAAUCUCGGAUAUUGGUAUUUGCUGUAAGAGGGAUUUGAAUCGGUUUCCCGAUCUCUGGGAGGUCUAUAAGAAAAAUACACCCGGCGAGCGCUUCUAUUGCAGUGACCUCUGGUUUGAGUGGAUUGAUGGAAAGGCUGAUGAGAAUCAGGGCGCUCGGGGUGAGACUUUCGUGUUUGAGAAGCGUCCCGAGGGUGACUGGGCUCAGGAGGGAUCAAGGGACGUGGAAAUUGUUGGCGUCUAUGAUACGGUCGGCGCUAUUGGAAUUCCGGAGGUACUGGGGAUGACAUUGCCAUCGUGGCUGUUGUGGUGGUCGGAUAAGAAUGGAUGGGAAAAUGUUGGACUUUCACCUAAUAUCAAACAUGCAUUUCAGGCCUUGGCGCUCGAUGAACACCGCAAUGCCUUCUCGCCCACUCUGUGGUAUCUCCAUAAACUUGGAAACGUCACUUCAGAUCAGAUACAAACUCAGAAGAGAAUAGUCGAUCAGAAAGCUAAAAAAUGGAACGAUCUCUUGCAAGACGCAAUCCGGAUCAAGAGCAGCGGCAGGGCUAGUGACGAGGAUGUCAACAACGCAGCCCGAAAGCUAAAUGAGAUGGCCACAGCCUUGAAUCAGGAGACCCGCGUGCUCCUAAAGUUGGAAGAUGACCACAAGCACCAGCUCCACCCCCGAACAUUGACACAGGUGUGGUUCCCCGGUUAUCACAUCAACAUCGGCGGGGGUUCGAGUGAAACCCUCAAAGACGAGGGCGACAUGGAAGAAAUGUCUAAUAUUACCUUCUCCUGGAUGCUGGACCGGAUCAAACCCCACCUGUCGCUCAAUGAGGAGACUAUCUCCGAGGAAAGAGAAGAGAGGGAACGCCACAUUUCAACGCUUGUCGAAAAUCCAGCCCCCGAGUCUUUGGAAGGCUGGACCCAACGCAAGGUUGCAGCAAUAGCUUCAGCUUUCAAACUCAAGCAUCCCUCCACGUCUCCCGUCCGGUCUGUGAACAAGCGACGCAGCUAUGGCUGGGGAACAGGCCCGCUAGAAGACAGCUUUACGCUAUUUUACUACGCCAACGGGUCUGAGAGGCGCCGGCCUGGAAACUAUGAUUCUUUUGACAAAGAGGGAAACCUACUAGGAGAGACAUUUGAGUUUGUUCAUCCAGUAGUGGGAUUUAGGACGGAGCAGAUCAAGGACUACACGCCGAUUGGGCAUGACGUCAAGUUUUCCCGUCGGAAGGUGAUUGACGAGAAGGGCCGCCCUGGUUAUGUGUAUGACCUGGGAGAUUGCCGCAAGCCCUUACCCGAGUGGCGCUUAGGCGGACUUGACUCUUAUGAGAGGCUCGCCAUUACUGGCAAGGCUGCAUAUGAUUAUGUCGAUGAACUAGAUCUAUAUUUGCAGACUGGGAUCAAGACACCCCGUCGCUCUGUUUGGGGAGUGCGAGAUAUUGACCUUGGGAUUGAAGUGCCUGAAGCCGCGGGCUUGCAACAGGGAGAGUUUAGAGCGGAGAUAUCUCGAACUAAGGAGAUGCACUAG